AACGUGGACGAGCACCAGGGAGUGAGAGCAUCGGUGGUUUUGUCAAUGUUUUGGUGCUGUUGGAGUGAUUGUUGUUAAUUAUUAAUGCUCUAAAGAUGAGGUACUGCGUGGGGAGGGCCUUCAAAUCGGGUUUUAUAGGGUCUGAUGGUGAUUUCCGAAGGAGUUUUGUGAGGUGUUAUGCCUCCAGUGGACUGGGGUUAUGGGACAAAAUCCUCACAGACGAGAUUCGCCUCUCCAUAGAGAGCUAUUGGAAGUCCAAGGUAAGCCCCCAAAAGCCGGCUAGAACCUCCAGGAAACCUGAGAACCAUUACGUCCUCUCGAUGUUUCCAUACCCCUCAGGAGCUCUCCACAUGGGCCACGUGAGGGUCUACUCCAUCAGCGACUCAGUCUCUCGAUUCCACAAAAUGAGGGGGAAGAAUGUGCUCCACCCCAUGGGCUGGGAUGCCUUCGGCCUUCCUGCUGAGAAUGCGGCCCUCGAGCGCAAAAUAUCCCCCUCGUCGUGGACCCUCUCCAACAUCAGUAGAAUGAAGACCCAGUUCGAGCAGAUGGGCUGUGACUUUGACUGGGAUCGAGAACUCAAGACUUGUGAUCCUAAUUAUUAUAAGUGGACGCAAAUGCUCUUCCUGAAGCUCUACAAGAAGUCCUUGGCUUAUCAGAAAGAGUCUUUUGUUAAUUGGGAUCCUGUGGACAGGACAGUACUUGCUGAUGAACAGGUCGACCAGAGCGGUCGCUCCUGGCGAUCAGGUGCUAAAGUAGAGAAAAAGCUAUUGAAGCAGUGGUUCAUUCGGACAACAGCGUUCGCCUCGUCCCUCUACUCAGGACUGGACUCACCAAUUCUGAAGGAGUGGCGAGACAUAAUAAAGAUCCAGAAGCACUGGAUAGGGCCUCCGACGGGUACCUCCAUCGACUUUCUUCUGACCUGUCCCUCUCAGGGCACGAGCCCCUCUAGCACACAAGAAACCCCGAAGAUCCUCUCCCUCUGGACAGAUAUCCCUGAACACAUUCACCAUGUGGAGUUCAUCGCAGUCUCUAAGAACAGUUUCCUCGCAAAAUCCUCUACCUCAGAAGCAUCUCUAUCACAAUCAGGUGACCCUGGGCCCUUCUGGCGGCUUCUGGAGACUAAAGUCAUCAACCCGUUCACCUCGAGAGAAAUACCAAUUUUCCUUACAAAUAUGAUUGAGUUCCCCAGAUCGAGAGACAAUUUUGUGGGCAUUCCUGGAGCCUGUGAGGUCUCCAGGAACUUCGCUGACGCUGUGAAGUUGAAUUACAGUGACAUCCCGGAAUACGAAGAGGACGAGCUGCUCAGGAAGCGCGAGGAAGUGAUGAGUCAGGCCAGGGAGAUGGGGAUCGGGGGGUUCAAGGUGAGCUCCAACCUGAGAGAUUGGCUGGUGUCCAGACAGAGGUAUUGGGGAACGCCCAUUCCGGUUGUUCAUUGUUCUAAGUGUGGGGUCGUGCCCGUUCCUGAAGAAGAGCUGCCAGUGGUGCUGCCGGAGAUCGAUAGCACGAAAAACUUCGAGUUCCAGAGCCUGAAGGACUCCCCGACGUGGCUGAACACGUCCUGUCCCACCUGUCGAGGCCCAGCCCUCCGGGAAAGCGACACAAUGGACACCUUUGUCGACUCCUCCUGGUACUUCCUCAGAUACAUCGACCCUCACAAUUCUCAGGAGAUGUUCUCCAAGGAGAAAGCCGAGGGCUUUCUCCCAGUGGACCUGUACAUCGGUGGUAAAGAGCACGCAGCUCUCCACCUGUACUACGCCAGAUUUAUCAACCACUUCCUCCACUCUGAGGGCCUGGUGCCCACUCAAGAGCCCUUCAGGCAGCUGCUGGUCCAGGGGAUGGUCAUGGGGAGGUCUUUCAGGGUAAAAUCCAGCGGCAAGUACCUGAGGCCCGACGAAGUCGAGAAAAAGGGAAAAAAUUGGGUGGAGAAAGAAACAAACAGUCCUGUAGUCGCCUCCUGGGAGAAGAUGAGCAAGUCCAAGCACAAUGGAGUCGACCCCGAGGACAUGUUUAAGAGAUUUGGGGCAGACACCACAAGGCUCAUCAUCCUCGCUGAUGUCGCGCCGGUUUCCAGCAGAAAUUGGAGUGAGGACACCUUCCAGGGGAUCUUCAACUGGCAGAAGAGACUGUGGCUGACUGUUGGGAAGCUCCUGGAGAUCCGGAGAGGCGUCGACGAGGGAGGAGUCGGGGUCGUCAAGGAGGAGGAGAGACUUAGGGAGGAGGAUGCGUACCUGUUUGACAGUAGGAACUUUUAUAUCAAAGGAGUGAACUUCAAUAUUGUUGACAGUCAACAGCUCAGUGUGGCCAUUUCUAAGAUGCAGGGCCUGACUAAUAGUAUCAGGAAGGUGCACGUGAAUUGUGUGGCCCAUUCCCGAGAAUAUGAGAGAGCUCUUGCUGCCCAAAUAAUUAUGCUGGCCCCUAUUGCCCCGCAAUUCGCCUCUGAAUUGUGGGCUGGACUCUGCUCAGCUAAAUAUCAUCUAGCCAAAGAUGAUGAGACGCUGAAUUUCGACAAGGAUCUGCUCGAACAACAGUGGCCGGAGGUGGACAUGGACUAUGAGUUAGAUCUUUCAAUCAUCGUAAAUGGCAACGGUCUGGAGAAACUCAAGGUCCGCAGGGAAAUACUGGACACCCUCAGUGACGAGGAAGCGGCUCGACUGGCCACGGAGAGCCCGCAGUACCGAGAGUUCGCUGGAGAUGCUCCCAUCAAGUCCUUCAUAUUUCACUCUGAGCCAGGCUGCGACAGGAGAAUACACUUUAGCGUCGAAAGGAAGUACCCGAAGGUGGAGAGCACCGCGUGAGGCAUUUAUUACAAUAAUUCUACUCAUUUUGUAAAUACUUGAAAGUUCAAUUAAGUUGAUCGGUUGGUGGAAAAGUUAAA